AGAGCUGAGAGAUUAGAUUUCCUGAUAAUCAGGUUCAGGUGAUGUCUCUUCAGGAUCCAUGCUGUCCUUCCAAACAAGAUUAAUUAGACAAUUAGGAAAGUACUUCAAAGUAUAUGACAGAGAUUUAUAAGAGAACAGCAGAGACGGGGUUUUAUUUCUUUUAAUACAGAAUAAAGUAAGAAAAGGAUUCUAAAAAUUGAUCUAUGUGCUUGGAAACCAAAGAUGUCUUCCACUCAGAAAAGCUAUUCCAGCCUUCUAUCAGUAGAUGACAUCAUGGAAAAUGGGUUUCUGAUGAGUUCUUCCAGCUACUCUCCAAGUAACAGCUGUUUCCUGGAAAUGAACAGCAUCUCCAGAUCUGACAGUACAAGCAACACAGAGAAUGUGAAAGGCAGUUUGGUGGCUCUAAAGACUUCUGAAACUUCUCUGAACAAUGGAAAGUGUGACUUGCAGGUUUCCUGUGAUGGUGUUGGAUUUUUCUGCAAAACUCCAGUCCAGCCAUGUACCUUUGACUUGUCUAACUUGAGCUCUGCAAAUAACAGCACAGCCAGUUCUAUGGCAGAUGCAUUCUGUGACACCAAAUCUUCUACUCCAUGCAAAGAGGAGAAACUCUCUAAACAAGCUGAGAAUGCGUUGUUAAGGAGCUCUGAUAUGAAUGAUCUUUCAGUCUUCAAGAAGCCACUGCCACCACCAGUAUUAGAGAUCUCUGGAAUACAAGCCAAUCUGGACAACACACUUUCUUUAGAAGCAAGCUUGGAAGAACUUGGAUCCCUGGCUGCUGUGAAACCUGAUACACUGUCUUUGGAGGCAUCCCGUACAGCUAUACCUCUGGCUAGUAGUGGUGUAGCUGCUGCAAAGCCUCCUGUUCUUCCUGUAUGAUCCAGAAUCUCAGGAUGGGUUUAGAUCAUAAAGUUACUUAACUUUUUUUCCUUGCAGUAGCCUUGCCUGCUGGCAUGAACCAAAAAUACAAAUGAGAAACUGGUGACAAAGCACUGAAUUAUGUUGAUGGAGCUGGGUUUCAGCUUUUCUGAAAAGACUGGCACUUUAGGAACCCCACCAUUCCUUUGUGUUGAUAGUGACUCCAUUUACAGCUUGCUGUAGAUCUUAUUGUACCCACUACUUUGGGGUUGGAAAAAUAUGUUGUUAAUCUGUGUUAGGCUCUAUUUAUACCUUGAUAUGCUCUCAUAAUGCAAAUAAAUUUAACUCUCUUGGAUAGAA